GGUCAUGAUAGUAUAGAAAGUAAAAGAAAGAAAGAAAGAAAAGGAAAGGAAAAUGCUCAAUGGUUAUAAAAAGGGUCACUUGGCGGUAUUUGAACCGUUUAAAUUUAGAGACUACUUUGUUUCAAUUUGGAUUGUCUGGGCUCCCUUUGCGUGUUACUCAUGUCUCUAUUUACAAAGUUUAAUUAGGCCUGAGAUAGUCAUACCUUGCACAUAGAUAUAUAUGCUCUUGUGCUAUCGUAUAAUAAACAUAACGUAAUUCACAUGCAGAGAGAUGCAUAAAAUCAUAAAAAAAAAAAUACUAUCUUCUAUUUUCUUUUUUUUCACUCGGCGACAUCAUGGAAGAAAGCUAUAUAAUCGACAUGCAUGCCUCCUUUUUCUUUAAAAGUCCUGUGUUCUUUAUUGUAAGAGUCGACUAAGCUUGGACAGACUCGAUUAAAAGAAAGAAAGAAGAAAAAAGAACAAGAAAAAGAGAGAGAGAGAGAGAGAGAGAGAGAGCGGCAGCAUGUACUGUUUGAUUCAAAUCAUAGCCAAGAUGCUAUUAACA